CUUCUGGGUGGGUGGCCCGUGCACCGAAUUUUCUAGCAAUUCUGUUCGCUGCCCGCAUUUGACGAACUAAAGAGUACAUCAGGCUGUCGAUUUCUCCAAAUCAUUUUCAGGCUCAGUCGAUCUUGUGUACAACGGAAAGCUCUAUUCUCUGCAACAGCUGUAUCCUAUCUUCCUCCUCUACUCCACGCGAUCUCCUCUCGUCUUGCUCUAAUCUGACCCUCAACUCCGUCCUAACCAUGGCCGAUGCUCUGAAGGCCGAGGGCAACAAGGCCUUUGCAGCCAAAGACUUCAAGACUGCCAUUGACAAAUUUUCCCAAGCUAUUGAACUAGAUCCUACGAAUCAUGUCCUCUACUCUAACCGCUCCGGCGCAUAUGCUUCCCUCAAAGAUUACCAGAAAGCCCUUGACGAUGCGAACAAGACCACCGAACUCAAGUCUGACUGGGCAAAAGGCUGGGGUCGGAAAGGAGCUGCUCAACACGGUCUUGGAGAUCUUGUCGGUGCAAAGGAUGCUUUUGAAGAGGCCUUGAAGCUCGAACCUUCAAACGCCCAGGCUCGACAAGGCCUCGAUGCUGUGAACAGAGCCAUUGAGGCAGAAGCACGUGCAGACGGUGCUGAUUUGGGUGGGAUGGGAAACAUGUUCAAUGAUCCCCAGCUCAUCCAAAAGCUCGCAACCAACCCAAAGACGUCGAAAUACCUUGCAGACCCUCAAUUCAUGGCUAAGUUGCAGCGACUAGCCAAGAAUCCCCAAGAGAUGGGCCAGGAACUCGCCGAUCCCAGAUUCCUCGAGGUCAUGGGUGUGCUGCUGGGUGUCGAUAUGCAGAUGGGUAUGCCGCCGGAAGGAGGGCCUUCAGGUGCAGAGAGGGCCACGGAAGCAGAAGAAGACGUCCCCAUGCCGGAUGUUCGGCCCCAGUCCAAUCCCCCACCGCAAGCUGAGAAAAAGGCACCCGAACCUGAACCCGAGCCCGAACCAGAAGACGAGGAGGCCAUCGCCGCGAAGAAGGCGAAGGAAGAAGCCGAGAACGAAAAGAAACUCGGGACAGAAAGUUACAAGAAGCGCAAGUUCGACGAAGCUAUUGAACACUACUCGAAAGCCUGGGACCUGCACAAGGAUAUCACUUACCUGACCAACCUCGGCGCCGCCAAAUUCGAGAAGGGCGACUACCAAGGGUGCAUUGAGGCAUGUGAGAAGGCCAUCGAGGAAGGCCGCGUCAUCCUCGCCGACUUCAAGAUCAUUGCCAAAGCGUUCGGUCGUAUCGGAUCUGCUUAUGAGAAAAUGGGUGAUUUACCGAAAGCCCUCGUCAACUAUCAGAAAUCCCUCACCGAACACCGCACGCCCGAGAUCCUGGCGAAGUUCAAGGCUGCCGAGAAGGCUCAGAUCAAAGCUGAAAAGGAUGCAUAUAUCGACCCAGAAAAGGCAGAAGAAGCCCGCUUGUUGGGAGCCGAGAAGUUCAAAAACGCGGACUGGCCAGGCGCCGUCGAGGCCUACACCGAACUCACCAAGCGAGCGCCAGACGACCCACGAGGCUACUCCAACCGGGCGGCUGCACUUAUCAAACUCCUGGCCUUCCCGACUGCGAUCCAAGACUGCGACGAGGCCAUUAAGCGCGACCCUAAAUUUAUAAAAGCAUAUCUCCGUAAGGCUCAAGCAUUGUUCGGCAUGAAGGAAUACAACAAGUGCUUGGAUGUGUGUACGGAGGCCAUGGAACGUGAUGAAGGUGGUAAGAACGCCCGAGAAAUUGAGCAGCAGCAGUCCAAGGCCCUGGAAGCAAUGUAUGCUGCUCGCCAGGGAGAGACCGAGGAGGAGACGAGUGCAAGGAUUCAGAAAGAUCCCGAAAUAAUGCAAAUCCUUUCCGACCCAGUCAUGCAAUCCAUCUUGCAACAAGCCAAGUCCGACCCGGCGGCACUCAACGAACACAUGAAGAACCCUGGCAUCCGGUCGAAGGUCCAGAAGUUGAUUGCUGCAGGUGUCAUCCGCGUGGGACGAUAGGAGAGUGGCAAGAGUCAUGGAUGGAGGGUGAAGCGAGAAAAGCGCGCGAUGCAGUCUGGUGUAAUUUAGCACACGGCAUUCAAUGCAAAGGGGGAGAUACCGCGACCACUAAGUGAAGCAAGACCUGGAGAAAGUCGACGAACAAAGAGGGACUGUUGCUUUGUGCGUGUGCAUGUGUGCGUGGUAAUGUGUGUGUGAGUAUGUCGUCGGAAAUCAGCAUCAUGCCUCAUGACCGUUACGAGAGAGAGAUUUCUUGUUCUUUCGCAGGCGCGAUUUUCCAUCUAAUCCAUCCCAUUUCACAACCCUUGGCCCUGACGACUCCAACAAGCAAGGAAAACGAGAAAUCCACAAAGGGCAUCAGCGGUAUUGGUUCUCUCUACGUAUGUACCUUCUCUGUGUCUCUCCGUGUCUACAGCAGCGAGCAGCAACUUCCCGGGGGUCAACUAUGCACCGCUGUCAAUCAGCCAGCUUGGACAAUCUACUGGGGAAUUACCUCGGUAGUUGGUAGGUACCUGGGUAGAUAAGUAGGUAGAUAGGGAGUCACUCAUACCAGAUCAUGUCAGAUCAGCUCAGAUCAACUCUACAUCAGCGGAAAUCGAGCUAAGACAUAACAAGUAGAUAUGCGUGAAAGUCGUCUCUCGUCGAGGUUGGUAGAUCUACCGCUAGACGGAUGACAUAUACAACUGGGAUAUAUCAG